CAAAACCAAAAACAAUUUGUAUAGCGAUGGAUUCCUGAACAAAUUAGGGAAGGGAAAAAAACCUAGUCUUUAUUUAGGCCCACUCAAACCCAUCUGAUCUGCAACUUUUUGGAAAUUCGCCAAUCCUAGGUUAUGGCACUUGAAUGCUUCACACAAGUGUUGGGUUCACUAUUUGACAAAAUAUGUAGGGGUGAUGACGACGACCAACUUGCUGAAACUUUUCGAUGGUUGCCUGAUUGUCUCAUCAUUGAUAUCCUGACUAGACUUCCGAUACGUACCCUUGCUAGAUGUCGAAGGGACUGUAGGGAUUUGAGAGCUUUGAUCUCAUCACACUAUUUUACCACAUUACAUCUCAGCAGAGCUAGACCCCUGCUUCUUCUGCAUCAUGAUAAUUUAAGUCCUUCUGGCAAGGGUGACAAACACCUUUAUGUGUCUUUUGCUAACAAGCACAAGUUUACAUAUCCAUACCUUUCUCCCCAACCUGCGCUUAAGUGGGGACCAUACUACUACUCCCCUCAUAUUGUAUACUCUUGUCAAGGAGUUCUUCUGUUUAUGAGUAGUUCUUGGUGGCCUCCUACUAAAUAUUAUGUUUUGAACCCCAUAACACUAGAGGAAGUAUUUGUACGCCAUACAUUUGAACGCGGCCGAUUGUGUGCGCUUUAUUUUUCUCGAGAAUUCAAACUUCUUUAUGCGCAAAUACGAGGCAGUUUCUGUCAGUAUUUAGUAUAUAUAUUCAAGACACGGACUUGGAGGAAAACCCGUUCAUCCGCUAAUUUCAACUUUUUGCCGUAUAGCUCUUCAACAGUUGUUAAUGGAGCAUUGCAUUGGAUCAUUUACGCCGAUUUAGAAAAGAAGGGCCUUACUUAUAGUUGUCAAAAUAACGGAAUCAUUGUUUUUACAAUGGAUAAGGAAGAACUCUCUGUUAAGCCUCAUCCUGGAAGUGUGUGCAACACAGUGAAGGAGCAUAAAAUGAUGACUCUCUUUGUGAAGGAAAACCAUUUGUCUUUUUGUCACUUGCUUUUCCCUGAGCCUGCAGUGGAUAUAUGGAUCUUGGAGGACUAUGAAAUGUGGGCAUGGAACAAAAGGUAUAAGGUUAAGAUUCCUUUUGGGUUCCCUUACGGCGGGGAAGUACCUAUAGACAUGUAUCAGAAGAUAAAGCUUUUCUACAACCAAGACGGUGAACUUCUGUUGUACUUUUUGAACAGCGGCUGUUUGUAUUUUUAUAAUUUAGAUCAUAAAACUGGGACUGUACUCAAUCUGCCAAAUGGGAUACAUGCUUUUGGGGCUUAUAUAAAGAGUGUGCUGCCAAUAGCUUAACUCCUCACUUUAUAAUUCUCAUCCGUCACCUUUCUAAUUUUGGUUUUCUUUAAAGUUAUCUAAUGAUGCUUUUAGUUGAGUUGAUAAUAUUCUACAUAAAGUAUGUUUAAGCAUCUGGACCUUGUAUAAAAAGCCUACUGGCAUUAGCUUUACUUUUUUA